AUUUUUAUAUUCGAUACACAUAGUUGACAUAUAUUUUUAUAAUCGAUAAAUAAUAAACAUUUUCAGAAUAGUAAGUAUAAUCAAUUACUUUUUUUUAUAUGCGUUAAUGUAUUUAUGUAUGUAAUAAGAUUUAGACUAUUAUCUCCGUCCUCUUAUACAUACGAAAUUCAUAGUAAACAUGCAGCUUGCAUAGGCAAUGAUAAUUUUCGAAGAAAAAUAUCGUACGGUAUUAUGUUGGUACAUUUACGGAUAAAGUACCGUUAGUCUUGCACAUGUGUAUUAUACGCAUUACACAUUAUGUGGAUUGUAUUAUAUGUAUCUACAAGAUGUGAGGUUCACACAAAUGGGCGGAGCAAAAGAAUUGAAAGCGGAAGGGGCGAAUCUGACCGAGAAGCAAAAAGUGGCGAUAAAGAAGGUAAAAGAAGGGGAAAAAAAUAGUGAAAGAGAUUGAGUACCAAUGAAGUUACACGCUACGAAAAAGAAAGACACGUUCGUUCGUAAACGUAGUGGUAUCUCAAAGAACAUAGUAAGGCCAAGAGAGAAAGGUCUUUGCCGCAUACUCGUAAGGCUAUCCACAUUACGCGUGGUAGCAUUUAAAUAAAUAUAUUUGCGUAUAUUAUCCCGAGCAUAGACGAGAUAAGAAUAUUAUCUAUGUGUUACCAUAAAAUUAUUGUUAAAAGAAAAAGAAAGUAGGAGUGUCAUCGAUCGAGGAAAUGGAACAAGGAAAAAGAGAUACGCGUCAUAAAACGAUUCACCAUUUAAAGGAGUCAAUAAAAAUAGAUUAAAGAAGUAGGAGCAUCAGGGAGACAUCCGACGCCCCCUGUCAGCUACCCUUCUCUUCCGACUUCUUUCUCUUUCUCUCUCUGUCUUUCUCUCUCUUUCUCUCUUUCUCUUUCUAUCUAUCUGUCUCUUUUCAUAUCUCCUUCCUCUUCUCCUUCGCUCUUCUUUGACCUUCUUCUCUCCGUAGGCUUCCUUAUCCCCUCCUUUCCUUCUUCCGAAUACUUCUCCUUGAGGUCGGUCAGAGGCAUCGUCCUUCUCAUGUACUGUACCAAAGACGGCGGCAUUAGGAGAAAGAAGGAGAGAUAGUCGCACCCUGACCCACAAGUGGGCAUCGCUCUUCUUUCGCUCCAAUCAGUCAGUCAGUCAGUCAGUCAGUUAGUCGAACGGACGGUAAAACGACGGAUGAUACUCUCCGCGUUAUAAUUCUUGAUCAUCGAAUUAUUCGUGAUAAAACCGUUGUUUUACGGGCACAUGACAUCCAUUAACGAUAGUGUAUUCAAAAACAUUUCUCUUUCUUACAAAUCUUUUCACAUUCUUGACGAAUAAGAAGAAGAGGAUAUACUUUAGCGAUAAGAGAAAGAAAAAGAGAUAUAAUAAAAGAAGAUAUAGAAAAAGAAAGAAGAAGAAAGAUCAAAGAUGAUACUAAGAACAGCCCUAAGGGGCAUCGUCCUUUUCGUUAUACUCAUCGGGAAAUCGGUCGAUGCUCAAGACGAUGAUUCUUUAGCCGGCAGCUUCUUAUCAGGUCUCUUGGAUUCUAUAACCAGCACGGCAAAGAGCGCGGAUUGUCCUGGUGUUUGCGUCCAUGCACUUGCAACCUUGAUGUGCGAUGAAGUACUCGAAGAUGUUCAAUGUCCAACGAGUAGCAUGCGAUGUUGUAUUAUUGAGCCGGUUAAUUCUUCUUCUUCAUCGUCUUCCGAUGAAAAUCUCAUCGAACAAACAACUACUCCUAUAGUUUUGUCGACUACAACUCCGUCUACGACGACGACGACGACGACGAUGACGACAACGGCGGCAGCAACGACGACGACGACGAUGAAAACGACUACUACGCUUGUCUCUACAUCGGUUUCUACUACACCGAGUAAACAAAACGAGCCAGCUGAUAAAUCUCAAGGAAAAACGUGCUCGGGAAUAUGUAUGCCAGAAAGGAUAGCUGAUUAUUGUGAUGCUAUACUCGCUAUAGACUCUCUCUGCAAGUUGGGACACAAAUGUUGCGUCACGAGAGAUGCUUUUGGUGAUUCUCCACCAGCAGAAUUAUUGGUGAUCGAUCGAACAAACGCAAGUCGAUACAAUAUAUCUAACAAAAAUGGUAUUUCUUCUCAAACGAGUACGAGGCCUGGUAUUCACUCAACGAAUCCAUCAAUGGCUACGACGACGACAACUAGUACGGUAUGGACGUCGACUAAACAACCGUCGACGGCAAUUACGACAACAACGAGUACGACGACGAUGCAAACAAGACCAAAGCCUACUUUGAGAAAACCAUGUAAAGGCGAAUGUACCAGCGGCCUAUAUGCUCUCUUCUGCGACAACAUUGAUACAGAAGCAGAUUGUCCAGGAGAUAGAUCUUGUUGCAUUACCGAAUUACUUGUAAAAGAGGAAGCAACGACGACUGUCCGUCCAACUACAAGGCCUUCGCCUCCUCAACCUAAACUGCCACCUUGCCCUGGUUUCUGCUUGCUGACAAUCAUGGCAGCAUUCUGUGAACGACCAAACGUGAUUAUUGCUAAAACAUCCACUUGUCAAUCUGGAUCGAUUUGCUGUGACAACACGAAAAGUCCGCCGCAGACUCCAAGACCACGACCGAGACCUACGACGAGACCAACAACCACCAUAACUUUACCACCUGAUCCACGUCCGGAGUGUCCUGGUUCUUGCAUCGUAUCCUACUUAUCCUUCACUUGUUUCAGAAAUGCAGAAUUAACGAAUUUGUUCAAGUGCAAGAAACAGGGACAUCAAUGUUGCGCCCCGAAAUCAUUAAUCAGAGAACUUCACGGUGGAAAUAGCAGUGAACCGAUUUUGACUAACAGAAAUGAUACUUACAACAAUAUCGUUACGUCUAGACCAUAUACGACAGACUUUACUCCAACAAUUUACGAAACGACAACGAUGACGAUAUCGACGACUACAAAGAGUCCAGUGUACAGUAAAUAUGUAUGCGGUGUAAAAGGAACUUCUCGUGGCCCGAUUCAAGCUCGUAGUUCCGAAAGAGUUGCACGUGUAGUUGGGGGAGAAGAUGCAGAUGCCAAUGAAUGGUGUUGGCAGGUUGCUCUUAUUAAUUCUCUUAAUCAGUAUCUUUGUGGUGGAGCUCUUAUCGGUACUCAAUGGGUAUUGACAGCAGCUCAUUGUGUCACAAAUAUCGUAAGAUCCGGUGACGCGAUCUAUGUGAGAGUUGGAGAUCACGAUUUAACUCGCAAGUAUGGUAGUCCUGGUGCGCAAACGUUAAGAGUCGCUACUACUUACAUUCAUCACAAUCACAACAGCCAAACUUUAGAUAACGAUAUAGCUCUAUUGAAAUUAUAUGGCCAAGCGGAAUUAAAAGAUGGAGUUUGUCUUGUUUGUUUACCUGCUAGAGGUGUUAGUCAUACAGCUGGUAAACGGUGUACGGUUACUGGCUACGGAUACAUGGGUGAAGCUGGUCCCAUUCCUCUUCGAGUACGUGAAGCAGAAAUACCGAUUGUUAGCGAUGCCGAAUGUAUAAGGAAAGUAAACGCUGUGACGGAAAAAAUCUUUAUACUUCCAGCUAGUAGUUUUUGUGCGGGUGGAGAGCAGGGCAAUGAUGCGUGUCAGGGUGAUGGAGGAGGUCCAUUGGUUUGUCAGGAUGAUGGCUUUUACGAAUUAGCAGGUUUAGUAUCGUGGGGCUUUGGCUGUGGAAGGUUGGAUGUUCCUGGUGUUUAUGUUAAAGUAUCCGCCUUUAUCGGUUGGAUAAAUCAAAUCAUAUCGGUGAAUAAUCUUUAAUCGUCUUAUACAUGUUACUGGAAGAGUCCGAAAGAACUGAAACGUUUAUUUAUUAUUAAUAAAACGUUAAUACACUUUGGUGCGCAUUGCGUUGUAACAUGUUUAACGACGUAGUGCACGCGUAACGAGGAUGACGAAUAAAUUGUUUACAGUCGUCAUCGGAAGCAUUGAAUGCCUGUGCCAAAAAAUUAUAUUUUAUAAAAUGCUAAGCUAAUUUUUUUGUUAUGCGUGCAACUCUGGGAUUUUUGAAUAAUAAGUAAAUAAGAGGCUCGAUAAAAAAAGUCCCAUUUUUUUUUUUUAGACAAACGUGUGCUCCAUUUUUGCACACUUGUGACAAUAAGAAAAACAAUAUUUUUCUAAUGUCAAAGGGUCCAAAAUAAAUUUCUUUUCUGUGCACUCAUGUGUACGCGGAUAAUAAUUUAAAUUUAUCUUUUAUGUAUUAAAAAACAAAAAAAGAAAGAA